AUGCAGGGCGCCGGCGCCGCCGAGGGGAGGAGCAGGGGCUCGCCGUCGGCGAUGGACAAGCCCGAUGAGAGCGCCAAGAAGGCGCGGCUGGACCUGCCCGUCGGCCACUCCGUCAAGCAAGAGCUCGUCGUGCACGACGCGGCGGCCGGAGGAGGCGCCGUCGUCGCGGUGGCGCCGGAGCACAGCCCGAGGGCGGAGCUCGCGGUGAAGAUCGACAUGUGCGUGCUCCACUGCCCGCUCUGCACCCUCCCCUUCAAGCCCCCCGUCUUCCAGUGCAAGGGCGGCCACCUGGCCUGCGGCGGGUGCGCGGCCCAGCAGCCCUCCGGGCAGUGCGGGGCGUGCGCGGACGGCUGCGGCUUCUUCGACCCCUGCCCGGCGCUGGACGCCGUCGUCUCCUCCACCAGGGUCCAGUGCCCCAACGCCGGCUGCCACAGGUACGUCACCUACCACCAGGCCGAGGAGCACCGGAGCGCCUGCGCGCACGCGCCCUGCCGCUGCACGGAGCACGGCUGCGGCUUCGUCGGCGCGGCUUCGGACCUCGCCGCCCACCUCAGCGCCGCCCACUCCGUGCCGGUGCGCCCCAUCCACUACGGCAAGGUGAGCCGGUUCCAGGUGCCCGUGUCCACGCCGCGGCUGCUGCUCGUCGGCGACGACGACGGCCGCGUGUUCCUGCUCACCGUGGGCGCGCUCGGCGCCGCGGCCACCGCCGUCUCCGUGGUCUGCGCCAGGGGGAGCGCGGCCACCAAGCCGCGGUUCACGUGCAAGAUGUGGGUGAACCUGACCGCGUCGGCGGCCGCGAACGGCGGCAAGGCGGACAUCGUGCUGGUGGAGAUGCAGAUGAGGAGCAGCACCUCGCCCGGCGCCGUGGUCGCCGCCGGCGAGCCGACCUUCCUCGCGGUGCCGCCGGUGUACCUGGUCCCCGGAGCGGACGGGGGCGAUGCCAUGGAGGUGCCCCUCAACGUGCGCAUCGACAAGGCUCUGCCUUGGUCCGACUGA